CUUUUGUGUUUCGUAGAGAAUCAAUUGAAGGAGACAUGGCUCCGAAACACAAGGAUGGCGACGUUGUCGCAGUGAUUCCUGGACAAUACAUCUCAUGGUUGCAUACCAUAGUGGCUUAUGCUGCGUUUCUGGGAGCUCUGAUAGUUGGAGUUGCCCUCCACUAUGAAAAGAUCGUUCAGAACGAGCACUUCGGCUACCCUAUCGAAUGGUUUCCCUCAGUCUCUGCCACCAUUGGCGACCGAUACCCCGAGCGUUCCGUCUUCCAGCUCUUCAUUGCAGUCACAUCUGGCCCUCGAUUCCUCCUCGUUGCAUUGUGGUACAUCCUGACAGCAAGGCCCGGCCAGACUCUUCCUAAGUUCAUUCUGGGAGUCGGCAUCUUCAGAACCUUCACCUGCGGAGGCUGGACCUACGUCACAUCGACCGACGACCAUGACUGGCACGACAUUUUCAUGAUCUCAUACCUCGUGGCUACUCUACCCUGGACAAUCGGCUGUAUAGCUUUGAGUCCCAACAACCCCAAGGCCAUCUACUACCGUAAGGUCUUCGGUGGUGCUUUCUUCGCCACCCUCGUGCCCCUGGUCUACUUCUUCAUCCAGCACAAGGUUCACAAGGUGCCCGGCGCAUACACCAUCUACGCCUUCUUCGAGUGGGCUCUUGUCCUUUUGGAUGUCGCCUUUGAUGCUGUCACGGCACUCGACUUCAGCGGCCUCGAGCUGGUGGUCAAGGAUACCAAGGGAACCAGCAAAGGCAGCACUCAAAGAGUGGCCGAUAAGCUUGCCGAGACAGAGAAGGACAAGCCCGUUGGUCAGAUCUUUUCUACUACCUACUCCAAGGGUGACAUGAUUGAUGCACUUGCCGACGUCUACCUCGGUUUCACCUUCUGGUCUGUUCUGACUGGUCUGGGCUUGUUGAUCUGGUACUUCCCUCUUUGGCACAUGGGAAUCUCUGGCUAUGAAGCCUUUGUCAUGGCCCCCAUUUCUCCUUUCCUGCUCGGCAUCACUUCUAUCCGUAGGACUGUUGUCCACAACAUCCGUUUGGUCCACUUCCUCUCGCUCUCAGGCCUCGUCGCUUUCCUCAUCCCCAAGCCCGAGUACCGUCUGUUCGCCGUCGGGUUCUCCAUCUUCAUGUCAUCUCUCGCAUGGUCUGCUACUUGGUGGUCAGAGCGUGCUCAACCUGCUCGACUCGAAUCUCGCAUCUCAGCCUUCUCUCUGGGUCUGCUGACCUCGAGUGUCGCGAAGUAUGCUUGCCAGACUAAUAACCCCAUCUGGCCCGCUGUACAUGCCGAGAACGGCGGCUGGAACUACACCGGUCUCGUCCUUGCCAUUGUUGCCAUCUUGAGAGUCACGCGUAAGCCGCUUGACCCUCGUAAUGAUGUGCCUGGCUACAAGGCUGUUUCCGGCUCUUCUUUCCCAGCUGCCCUUGGCUUUGCUGGUCUUAUGUUCGGCAUGCACUCGCUUCUUUCAGAUUCGAGCACCAUGAUCUCGUGGGUGUGGGAAGGUUUCCCUAUCCGUGGGCCUAUCGCCGUCCCUCAUGGUAACUACACCUUCCUUGCCAUGGGUCUUGGUCUGCUCAUCGGACUUUACUACCCUGCCUUCGCUCGCACUUGGACUUUCUAUGGUAUUGGUGCUCUCGGAGCCGCCUUCUUGACGGCCUUCUCCCACUGGUCUGGCUUCUAUGGUGGCCUGGCCCUUGCCACAUACCUCAUGGCUGCGGCUCCCGUCUUGAUUGGCAAUGCUGCUCGUUACCCUCCUGGACGCACUUUCUUCGCUGGCUUCUUGUUCUACAACAUUUUGGUUCUUGCUCACGUCUGGACUGUCGCCUAUGCUUUCGUGCCUGGUGGCCCCCUUAUGCGUGAGCACACCGACUGGGUCAUGACAGCCAUGAUGCUCUUCAUCGGAUGUGGUAUUUUCUCUGCCACUGCUUCCGAGACUAAGCGCUCCAAACCUGCUCCUGCCAACCCUUACGCUCGCAAGCAGCGUUCCCACUACAUUUACAUUCUGGUUGGUCUCCAACUUCUCGGUGCCUCCAUUUCGUACCUUCGCUUCCCCACCUACGAUUACACUCCUUACCACGCACCAGAGAAGAGUGUCACAGCCGGUAUCUGGACUACCCACUUCGGCCUUGACAACCCUAUGUGGACAUCAGAGCGUCGCAUUGGCGCUUUGGUCAAGGAAAUGGAGCUUGAUGUCUUGGGUCUGCUUGAAUCAGACACUCAACGCAUCAUCAUGGGCAACCGUGACUCAACUCAAUACCUUGCUGAAGAGCUCGGUAUGUACGUCGACUACGGCCCGGGACCUAACAAGCACACUUGGGGCUGCGCUCUGCUCUCCAAAUUCCCCAUCGUAAACUCGACUCACCACUUGCUUCCCUCCCCCGUCGGUGAGUUGGCUCCUGCCAUCCACGCUACGCUUGAUGCAUACGGCGAGAUGAUCGACGUCUUCGUCUUUCACUCGGGCCAAGAAGAAGACCCAGAGGACAGACGCCUACAGUCUGAGUAUCUGGCCGAUCUCAUGGGCUCGACUCCUCGUCCAGCAAUUCUCCUGUCCUACCUUGUUACCAAGACUGGACAGGGUAAUUACAACACCUACGUCUCUGAGCGUAGUGGAAUGAGAGACAUCGAUCCAUCCGAUGACUGGGACAGAUGGUGUGAGUACAUCUUGUACAAGGGUUUGAGAAGAUCUGGUUACGCUAGAGUGUCCAGAGGCACCAUUACCGACACCGAACUCCAAGUUGGUAAAUUCGUCGUUGGUCAAGCCGAGGGUGGCAAUGACCAGAUCUCAGAGGACCAGGUACCUGAGGGCCUUCGCUUCCCUGCCAUGUUCCGUGGCGAGGGCGUCAGAGGUCACAGAUACCAUGUCUUUGACGAGCCCAGAUACUAUGCUUGAGCUUUGUUUCAUGACAAUCAGUAUAAUAUCGGUCAAACCCAGGCAUUGUAGCGUACUAGAAUCUCUCCUUGUAUCUUUUGUAACCAGAU